AUGGAGCAGUCAUGGGAGGCAUCGCGUACACGCGCGACGCCGGCCAAGACGCCGUUAAAGGGGAUGGAAGGUUCGCUGAAAACACCUCUUCGUACGCCCCUUCGCUCGAUGGAGCAGACGUCGUCUACGCCCAUCACACCAUUUGAAGCCAUUGAGUCACAGAAAGAGAAUGUCCAGCCCCUUUCGCGAGGACGCAGUGCUCAUGCCUUGAGUGCCGCCCUUAGCAUGCAGCACAAGGAGCGCCAGCGUGUACUGGCUGCCCAGCGUCAGGAGCACGAAGAUCAUGUUACCAGCGAGGAGAAUGCUGAAUCGGAUGAUCCACUCGAGGCGUGGUGUGCGUAUGUGAAAUGGUGCGUGGAUAACUACCCAGAAGGGAAGAGUGCCGAGAGUGGCCUUCUUCCGCUUCUGGAGCGUGCUACACGUACGUUCCGUGAGUCUGAGCAGUACCGCAACGAUUCGCGCUACUUGCGCCUCUGGAUUAUGUAUGCGCAAAACACCGAUGUCCCACGCGAUGUGUUCCAGUUCCUGCUGGCCAAUGACAUUGGGUCCAAGCUGGCAGGUCUGUAUGAAGAGCUUGCCCAUGUCCAAGAAAGCCUGGGUAUGUACGAAGACGCCGAUGCUACGUUCAAGCUGGGCAUUGCACGACGCGUCUCGCCAUUGGACCGUAUCAAGCGGCGGUAUCAGCAGUAUCAGGAGCGCAUUCUUGCGAUGCCCACCUCGUCGACCGAGGAGGCAGGCGCCCCCACGUAUGCGAAGGCGCUAGCGAGUGCCAUGGCGAGGGCCGGUCGUAGUGUGCUGGGCACCAAGACGGGUCGCGGCAACGAAAGUGUGCCGACCAAUGUGCUAGGCCAUCACCAGCCCUUGUCCCAAGCGCCGCACAAACACACUGCACGUACCAUGCAUGUGUACGAAGACACAGAGAAUGAGCCUGUGUCAGGCUCCUCAGGCGCCCGGUGGGCCCAGCUCGGCUCGGCCUCCGAACGACGGAAGGAAAACGCGGCAGGUAUGCGCACACUCAAAGCUUUGCCUGGCGCAGCGGCCAUGACGCCACGUACACAGGAGCGUGCCCUUGAAGUGUUUUGCGACUCGGACGAAGAUGCGAGUCCGCGCCGCACACCGCGCCGCGACGAUGUGCUCACCCGCAGUCAGCUCAGUGACGCAGACAAGUUGCGGCAGAACCCAUUUUUGUACUAUGCCCCUGAAGCGCUGUCGUCCCAGCCGGCCGCUGCGCCUACCCCUGAGCCCAGCAAGCCUGUGGCGCGUCCCGCCCUGUCGGCCUCGCAGCGCAGCACUCGUCCAUCGAAGCCGACCAAUGCCAAGCGAAGUGCCGAGCGACAUGCGGCCCCCUUGGCACGUCUAUACCCUGGCGUGGAUAUUGCCGCAGCCGUGCAGGACAAGGCGCGGCCAGUGCCACGUACCGCGGAAGUGUGUAUGGAUGAACUAUAUGCACAGCAGCGUGGCUACGAUGUGUCGACGGCAGAUCCAUGGGCCUACCUGGACGAGCGCGUAGGACGUUGGUGGCCAGAGCCGCUAGCACGUCCGAAAGAACCGACUGUACGACGUGCGCCGAGCCCAACAUUAGUCACCAAGGCGGCCAUACAGGAAGUGGACUUGAUGUUCAAUGGCGAUAGCGAGAGUGACGAGGCGUCGGACGAGUCGAGUGAGACGGACGAUGACGAUGUAUGCUACCCGAUUGUACGCCAGGACGAGAAUGGAGGCGUCCAGCCCACGCCGCUUCGUACGCCCAUGAAUCGACGCCCAUUUGGCCUGACGCCUGGUCGUACGCCCUUUGGUCAAACGCCUUCGCGGCCCUCCACCCAGCCGCUCACGGUUGCUGAAGACGAAGACGAGGAGGAAGAGGAAGAGCACAGUACAAGCGGGCCUGCCAUGAUGCAUGUCCCCUUCCAGCCGCUGACGCCCAUUACGGAGCGUACGGAGAUCUCGCGCUUUACGUCGUACGAGGGAAAUGCGGGCGGCGACAGGGAGGCAGCGUCAACGACGUUCAUGCCGGUCGGCGGUCUCCGUGCCUUGCCCUCCACCUUGCAACUGCCGAAUCCCUGCUCACCCGCGGACCCUGACAUUGUACGUACGUUGCUAGCGAACCUGGCUGUGCCUGUGUCCGCGUUGCCUGGGUACGUCGAUGCACGUGCAGACUCGACACAGUACUUGACGUACCUGACGUCACGUCUGAGUGGACAAAAGCAGCCACGUCGUUCCUCCGUGGGAGGCGCGCUGGACAUGAGCGUGGCGGAUAUGCAGCUUACCGUGCUUACCCGUUUGGGCGAGGGUGGGUAUGGCUCCGUGUUUCUCGCGCAGGAUAUGAACGAUACUGUGCCGAGACCUGGAGAUACACAUGCGUCGUAUGCAAGCAGUGCAGACGACGAUGAUGUCGACGAGUGGGAACGGCAGCAUAUGCUAGCGCUCAAAGUCGAGGCACCGCCCAAUGCAUGGGAAUACUAUAUCCUGGAGCAGCUUCGGCACCGACUACCUACGUCGCUGCAGUCGUCGGUCGUGGGAGCACGGCGGUUCGUCGCGAGUCAGACGGAGUCGCUAUUGUUGCUGGAGUACGCAUCGCAAGGCACGCUGCUAGAGUUGGUGAAUCAUGCCUCCGCGGCCGGUGUGAGCAGCGUGUUGGGCGGCGGUGGCCAGGGAGGUAUGGAAGAAGUCCUGGCGAUGUUUUUCGUGAUUGAGCUGUGCCGUGUGGUGGAAGGGAUGCACACGGCUGGCAUUCUGCAUGGCGACUUGAAAAUCGACAAUUGCAUGAUUCGCUCGGAGGAUGUGGAGGAAUGGACGACGACCUAUGCGGCGGAUGGCCGUGGUGGAUGGGCCGCCAAGGGGAUCAUGCUGGUCGACUUUGGCCGUGCGAUUGACUUGGCGUGCUACCCGCCUGACCAGCGCUUCCUGGCAGACUGGCAGCCAGGCCACCAAGACUGCACGGAGAUGCGCGAAAUGCGGCCGUGGACGUACCAGGCCGACUACUAUGGCCUAGCCAGCAUUGCGUAUUGCCUGCUGUUCGGCAAGUACAUGGAUACCACGUCGUAUGUCAACGAACAGGGACGCAAGAUGUACAAGAUUCAGCAGCCGCUGCGUCGGUACUGGCAGACAGAGCUGUGGCAACGGUUCUUUGAUCUCAUGCUCAACCCGACCACGACGCCGAGCGAGUCAUAG